AUGGACUUGUCACAACCAGCCUUGACCUUGAAUUCACUAUGUGAAGAUGAUUGUUUGUUGACACAUGAACAACUUGAUGAUGUUGUUCCCAUCGAAAUGGACCCUCAAAAUGAUGAAAAUGAAAUUAUUGGGGAUGAACAGUUGAAUGAUGGUGUGGACAGUUGUUGUUCCAAGCUCAACAAACAAUGCGAAGAUGAUUGUUUGUUGAGACAUGAACAACUUGAUGAUGUUGUUCCCAUCGAAAUGGACCCUCAAAAUGAUGAAAAUGAAACUAUUGCGGAUGAACAGUUGAAUGAUGGUGUGGACAGUUGUCGUUCCAAGCUCAAGCUCAUAGAUAAAGAUAAAAAUGUUAAGGAACCUAAGAAUGGGAUGUUGUUUGGCUCUAUAGAGGAACUUCAUGAAUAUUAUAGAAAUUAUGCUAAGCAAGAGGGUUUUGGUGUGGUACAGAAGAAGAAAAAAAAGGAUGAAAAUGGAGAUGUACAUUACAUCACUCUAGCAUGUGCUCGAAAAGCGAGAUAUUUUAGAUGCCACAAGAAGUUGGAUCCUGCUACGAAGAGGAACCUUGAUAUAGAUGAUAGAGCUGGAAUCCGUACGAACAAGAUCUAUAACUCGCUAGCUGUUGAAGUGGGGGGGUAUGAAAAUCUUACUUUUGGAGAGAAAGAGUGUCGCAAUUAUAUUGCGAAAUCAAGACGUCUUCGCCUUGGCACAGGAGGUGCUGCAGCACUUCGUGACUAUUUUGAUAGAAUGCGGAAAGUGAAUGAUGAUUUCUAUUUUGAUAUGGACGUGGAUGAUGAGUGUCGGUUGAAAAAUGUGUUUUGGGCUGAUGCACGAAGUAGGUCAUCAUAUGAAGAUUUCGGUGAUGUGGUUACAUUUGACACAACAUAUUUGACCAACAAAUACGAAAUGCCAUUUGCCCCUUUUGUAGGAGUUAAUCAUCAUGGUCAAUCAAUGCUUUUAGGGGCGGCAUUAAUUUCAAGUGAGGAUACAGCAACAUUUGUUUGGUUGUUUAAGGCAUGGUUGAAAUGCAUGAAGGGCCGAGCGCCAGGGGCAAUUAUUACAGAUCAAGAUCGGGCUAUGAAAAGUGCAAUUAAGAAGGUUUUUCCGAAUACCCGACAUAGAUUUUGUUUAUGGCUGUUACUGAAAAAACUUCCAGAAAAAUUUGGAUCACAUUUACAGUACAAGGCCAUUAAGAGUGCCAUACGAAAUUGUGUGUAUAAUUCUCAGACAUGUGACGAGUUUGAUGCAAGUUGGCAGACCCUACUUGAGUGUUAUAAUCUGGAGGAUAAUGCAUGGCUACAUGGUUUAUACAAUGAACGGACUUUCUGGGUACCGGCAUAUUUAAAAGAUGUAUUUUGGACCGGCAUGACUACCACACAACGCAGUGAGAGUAUGAAUGCAUUCUUUGAUGGUUAUGUGCACUCGUCCACCUCAUUGAAGGAAUUUGUAGAUUAA